AUGCCGUCUGUAUAUGAAUAUUUGACGGAUCAACAGAAGAAUAACAUUAUGAGUAUACAUGUUGAAAUCGCUCCCGACUAUAUUAAGUUGAUUUUGGGAUUGCAUUCACCUGAAGGAGAAACCAAUUACUAUAUCAAUUAUGAAAAAUUCGGAAGUAAUACUACAAAUGUGAAGUUCGAUAAAGAAGAUUUGGAUCCAAUACAACACAAUUUUGUAGACGUGUUCUUAGAAGAUUUAGAGAUGCUGAUGGUGCAUCGGAAAACCGUUUUGUCAUUCAUUGGUAUAGAUUAUUUCCGAGCAACCGUCGACGAUCGUGCAAGAAUUUGUGAACGUCUCGAGAUGAGUUUGAAAUUGAGAAGUACGGCGUUCCCUGUCGAAGGAGCUCAAUUUUGUGGAACUACCAUAGCCCAGGCGGCAUCAUUCACACGGUUACUGGAUCGAGCGAAAUUGUUGAACGUAGAGUUAAUGCAGAUAGUGGAUCCAGAAAACUCUGAAAGGUUUCUGAACGAAUUCAAAAGUGCGAAAGCCAUCAACAACACAUCAGCAUCCGAGACACUUCGAAAAGUGAAUCGAGGGAUCCGAAAUUGUAUAGAUCUCAUAAGACCGAAUCCCCACAUUGAAAAGUGUGCCAUCACUUUCGAAUUUUUUAAUGGAAUGUUGUUGUGUCUUAACACACAUACCGAAUUGAAGAAUAAUGAAUCUAAACAUGUCGAAUAUUAUCCGCACGGAGUGUAUACACACAUUCAACGAGUUGUUUUUCCUGACACAGACUACAUGGAUCUUUGUCUUCAUGACAUUGAAACAAUUCUCAGAAAUCAAUCGGAACGUAUAGAGGAACUACUGAUUCUUUACCAGGUGGACAUAAAAAAUGACGCAGUAGUGAUCACGGAUGACUUGUCCGAAAGAAUUGGAAAAAUUUUGGAAGGAAGAGAGUCAACACUUAAAACAAAAAAAUUCUCUAUGGGAUCUGAAAGUCAAAAGAGAAUUAUGAAUAUUCUUUCGGCAAUUGAUGAAAAUUCCCUAACGACUAUUGAGUUAUUGAAUUUUUCAAAGUAUUUCACAGAAGAGUUCCGAUUCGAAGUAGAUCAAAUAUCACAAACCAAACAAUGGAAGAGUGCUGAACAAUUGAUAUCCAAGUAUUUGACUAUAAAAACACCAAUUCAAGAGAUGAAUGUUUUGCACUUUGCUGAUUUGGAAAUUCUAGUGGAGGCGUUAUCCUCUGAAGAUGUGGCUUAUCUAAAGACAAAUCUUCUCAAAUCUUCAUCAUUUCAAAAAUUCAAAAUAUCAUUUCUCGAAUCAACAGUUGAUGAAUCAUUACAUACGCUGAUUGGACAACCCUAUCGUAUAGUUUCCGAUUCAAAAAAAGUGUGGUACUUUCGAAUUCCGAAUACGGAUUGCUAUAUUCACGUAGUUUUGAAUACACAUGACGUAGACAACAAGAAUCCUAAAGUCAUAAGAUUUACGCGAGUUGCAAAAGAAGACACUCCAUUUAAUUAA